GCUUGUCGACUGCCACAAAGCAUCCAAUUGAUUCGGCUAUUUUCCCGUUCUGCCUCUCUCACGUGGACGUCGAUCCUCUCUUUUGGCAGGAACGGGAACAUCGACAGUCCAGUUUGACUUUUAGCUUUGAGAACAUUCGCAGUCGGUCACACUUUGAUCCAAAAUGUCUGCCCGUCCCGUCGCCGAUAUCUAUACCGACUUAUCGCCUACCAACAAUCAGCGUAUCAAAUUCAAUAGUUCAACCCCCUUUACCCCAACAUUUGUGAAAGCAAAUGUGACACGAUCAUCCGAUCCUGCCCAGAUUUAUACCUCCCGAGUGCAGGGGCGCCAGAUACUCUUAGAUAACCCCCUUCGUGACAGUCGUACAAAGCAAGAACGAGCGGCCAGGAAAGCCAGGAACAGUGCGAGCAAAGCAAGGGCUCAGGCUGGCGUUAUUGGCAAGAAAGAGGCAAAACAGAAGGGAUUGUGGAAGCUAGCUAAGAAUGAGACAAAAUUCAAGUUAUUCCUUUCCCUUCAUCAAUUAUGGCUAGGUUAUAUGUCGGAACUCAUGGGGUUGACCCCUGUCCCUGCAAAAAUGGAUCCCCAGCUUUGUGAAGCAGCAAUGCCUGCAUCAUCAGUAAUGCACGCCAAACUUGUCAAAGCAGACUUUCACGGCGCCAUCAUUUCCGUUCGCCAGAGCAAGAAUCCAUGUCUAGUUGGCCUUUCAGGUAUCGUUGUUCACGAGACAGAGAAUGCGUUCAAGAUUGUGACUAAAAAAGACCAGCUCAAACUAAUACCGAAGCCACAUUCCAUCUUCACCUUCGCAGUACCGUUAUAUUCAACUUCUUCCGCCGAUCCUGCGUCCAUAUCCAAUACGCCGGAUGGGACUUCCACGCAAGCAUCAUCAACUGCUGCUCAUGCGACCGUCUUUGACAAUCCAUAUAUCGAAUUCGAGCUUCAUGGUAAUCAGUUCUGCUUCCGUUCCGCCGAUCGUGCAAACCGGAAAUUCAAGCAUAAGGAGUCAAUAGCGUUAUGAAUCCAGGACAAUUAUCAUUCGGACUCUUUUCACUUGGUACCAAGACAGUAGUGUAUGAUACAUCUCCGUUGCGCAUCUCCUCAUACUCGGCCCUAACAUGACUAAAUCUUACGUACUUAAGCUGCAUCAGGUUGCCGAUGAGCCUCAGCUUUCAGUCUUGCAAGAUAGUCUGGUGACAACAUUGGUGAUAAUAAUAUACAGCAUCG